UGUCCCGGCCCCGCGCUGUCCUGGUCCCGCGGGCCGCUCGGUCCCAGACCCGGCCGGGCCGCGAGGCGGGCAUCGCCGGGGGAGCAAUCGGCGACCGGGGGGCUGGCAGCGCGGGCAGCGGGCGCCGGGACACCUGCGGACACAGGCGCUGCCGCCCCAGACAGCGGGUCCUCUAUCCAGGUUUAGGCGGAGGGGAUGGAGCCCCGCGCGCGCGGCUCCCAGCCCCACAGAGGAGCUCCCAUUGGCUGGGGAAGACCAAAUAGAGCCUGCUCCCACUCGGCUCGUCUGUAAGGCCAGCGGCCGAUAGCUGUCUGUGGCCUGGAGGGUCCAGGGCAAGCUUUUCAGUAAAAGACCAGAUACCUCAGCGGGUCCCUUUCUCCUGAACAUUGGAGUUAUGACCCUUGGGAGGUGACCCAGGAGAGAAGGGAUGCACGCCUUUGGUCCUCCCAAUGGGGGUAGCCUCCAAGGACUGGUGGCCUCCCGCAUUGAGACCUAUGGGGGCCGGCUUCGGGCCUCCACCCUGAGUACUCCUGGCAGUCUCUAUCCCCGAGGAGGCCCCGUGCUGGCCUUGGACUGCUCUAUUCUUAGCCCACACCCCUGCCUUCUUUCGUGGGUUGUGAGGGAGAGGACGGCCGUGCUGGGCCAGGCUCCCGGGACUCCACACCCAUCCCAGACAGACGGGGCAGGAUCCCAGUCGCCGACGCCUCCAAGGCUAUGUCCCCUUUACCAAGGGUUCUGGCCCGGCCCGAGGCCUGUCUCCCCUGAGGCUGCGAGAACCAGAUCCCGAGAAGAGGCAUGGAGGCCCCUUUGGGGCUGGGACACCUCACUUCCCCAAACUCAAGUCACCAGAGCCCACGAGCUGGAGGUGAGGCUGCACACGUUCAGCAUGUUCGGGAUGCCCCGCCUGCCCCCAGAGGACCGGCGGCACUGGGAGAUCGGAGAGGACAGUGACAGCAGCCUGGCCAUUGAGAAGUCCUGGAAGGAGCUGGUGCCUGGGCACAAGGAGAUGAGCCGGGAGCUCUGCCACCAGCAGGAAGCGCUGUGGGAGCUCCUGACCACGGAGCUCAUCUACGUGCGGAAGCUCAAGAUCAUGACAGAUCUCCUAGCCGCCGGUUUGCUGAACUUGCAACGAGUGGGUCUGCUGACGGAAGUGUCAGCUGAGACCCUGUUUGGAAAUGUCCCCAGCCUGAUCCGAGCCCACCGGAGCUUUUGGGAAGAGGUGCUGGGGCCCACCCUGGAGGAGACGCGAGCCUCGGGCCAGCCUCUGGACCCUGUCAGCCUGCAAAACGGCUUCCUGUCGUUCAGCCAGCGCUUCCAGCCCUACAUCCUGUACUGCCUGCGAGUGAAGCAGACCAUGGCCUACGCCUGGGAGCAGCAGGACAGCAGCCCUCUCUUCCACACCUUCGUGCAGUGGUGUGAGAAGCACAAGCGCUCAGGGAGGCAGACGCUGGGGGACCUCCUCAUCAAGCCCCACCAGCGCAUCACCAAGUACCCACUGCUGCUCCAGGCUGUGCGCAAGAGGAGCCCCGAGGCCCGCGCCCGGGAGGCCCUGACCGCCAUGAUCGCAGCGGUGGAGUCGUUCCUCCGACACAUCAACAAGCGGGUGCGCCAGGGCGAAGAGCAGGAGAGCUUGGUGGCUGCCGCCCGGCGCAUCGGGCCCUACGAGGUCCUGGAGCCGCCCAGCGAGGAGGUGGAGAAGAACCUGCGUCCGUUCUCCACGCUGGACCUGAUGGCCCCCAUGCUGGGGGUUGCUUCUGAGCACACCAGGCAGCUGCUGCUUGAGGGGCCUGUGCGCAUGAAGGAGGGACGAGAAGGGAAGCUGGAUGUGUACCUGUUCCUCUUCUCUGAUGUGCUCUUGGUGACCAAGACCCUUCGCAGGGCAGACAAAGCCAAGGUUAUCCGCCCGCCCCUCAUGCUGGAGAAGCUUGUGUGCCGACCGCUCCGAGAUCCAAGCAGCUUCCUGCUUAUCCACCUCACCGAAUUCCAGUGCGUCUCCAGCGCCCUCACUGUGCACUGUCCCAGAGCUACAGACCGUGCCCUAUGGCUGGAGAAGACCCAGCAGGCCCAGGUCGCCCUGCAAAAGCUGAAGGCAGAGGAGUGCAUCCAACAGAAGAGGGAGCUCCUGGCCCUCUAUCAGGACCGGGACAGGGAGUCCCCAGGCCCCAGGCCCUCCACGCCUUCCACGGAAGGCUCUGAGAGCAGCACAGAGGGAAGUAACUGUAGGACUCCUGAGUCCUCGACCGUCAUCCCCCAGCUGGUGGUGACAGAAGACACAGAUGAAGAUGCUCCCUCGGUACCAGAUGAUACCUCGGACUCUGGCUAUGGCACUCUGGUCCCAGGCUCCCCCAAGGCGUCCCACUUCCCGCCAAACCGUCUACGCUCCAGGGCCUUUCGGCGGGACCCUCGCCUCACCUUCUCCACCCUGGACCUCCGAGAUGUUCCUUUGCAUCCCCUGCCUCCUGACCCCCAAGCUCCCCAACGCCGAAGCACCCCUGAACUGCCAGAGGAAAGUGUCCAGAAAGGAGGCAGCCUUCCCAGGGGAGACCCACCGACCUCGUCUGAGGAAGAAGACGGGACCUCGGUUGGAGAGAAUGUGGUAGUGGAAAACUUACAUAGGGCCCGACUUCGGGGGCAGCUCUCCCCCUCCCCGACCCACACUGACUCUGCUGGGGAAAGCCCCUGGGACUCCUCAGGGGACGAGGAAGAAGAGGAGCCCUUCCUGGGACCCGGCUACAGCCCCUCCCCUCACCCGCUCCGGGCCGAGGACAUGCUCCGAGAGAUCCGGGAGGAACUGGCCAGCCAAAGAAUUGAGAGCGUCCCUGAGCCUGGGGACAGCAGACCUCGGAAGCUGACUCGGGUCCAACUGCAGAGGAUGCGGGGGCUUCACGUCGUACACCUGGACACGCCCCUGUCCACAUCAGAGGUGUGAGGGAAUACCUCCCUAAGAGUGCUGGUCACCACCUCCACCCCUGGAUUCUACCUCAAGGACACUUCCCCAGGCACCCUGCCCUUCCUUCUCUGAGGACUUUGGGGAUUAAGAGCUGUACAUUGAUGUGUCACAGACACACCAGAGUCCCACAUAAAGUUGUGCAUAACUAUG